AUGGACAGCCCGGCCCCCGGCGCUCGGUGCCCGCUGCAGGAGCAGCGCGCCCGGUGGGCGCGGAAGCGAGCCCGCGCCGCGCGGGAGCUGCUGGAGACCGAGCGGCGCUACCAGGAGCAGCUGGGGCUGGUGGCCACGUACUUCGUGGGGAUUCUGAGGGCCAAGGGCACCCUGACACCCCCGGAGAGCCAGGCUCUGUUUGGGCCCUGGGAGCGCAUCUACGGCGCCAGCCGAGAGCUGCUUCCCCACCUCGAAGAAGGGCUGUGGGGCCGCGGGCUGGAGGGCUUUUGCCCCCACCUGGAGCUCUACGUACAAUUUGCUGCCAACGCAGAGAGGGCCCAGACCACCCUACAGGAACUACUAAAGAAAAGCAAACGUUUCAGGAGGUGUGUGCGGCUUCAGGAAGGCCGCCCUGAGUUUGGGGGCCUUCAGCUCCAGGACCUGCUCCCUCUGCCUCUGGAGAGGCUCCAGCAGUAUGAGACUCUUGUUGUUGCUUUGGCUGAGAACACAGGCCCCAGCAGCCCUGACCACCAGCAGCUGACACGGGCUGCCCGGCUGAUAAGUGAGACUGCCCAGAGGGUCCACACCAUAGGUCAGAAACAGAAGAAUGACCAGCACCUCCGGCGUGUCCAGGCUCUGCUCGGUGGACGCCACGCAAAGGGACUUACCUCAGGUCGCUGGUUCCUACGCCAGGGGUGGCUAUUGGUGGUGCCUCCCCGUGGGGAGCCUCGACCCCGAAUGUUCUUCCUCUUCUCUGAUGUGCUCCUCAUGGCCAAGCCUCGCCCCCCAUUGCACCUGCUGCAGAGCGGCACAUUUGCCUGCCGGGCCCUCUACCCCAUGUCCCAGUGUCAACUCCGCAGGGUCUUUGGCCACUCAGGAGGCCCUUGUGGUGGACUGCUCAGUCUGUCCUUUCCCCACGAGAAGCUCCUGCUUAUGUCCACAGACCAGGAGGAGCUGUUGCGCUGGUACCACAGCCUGACUGUGGCCAUCAGCCAGAAGAACUAGAAGAAUCUUACAAAUUCCAGAAUCCAGGAUACUUCAGGGAUAGGUCAGAGUCAGGAGCACAAAGGAAUCUUCAGUAUUAAACAAAACACAGAACGCUUCACGGUUUGAAAAAGGCCUUUUAUGUUUGUGUGAGACCAAGCCACACCGGGUCGUUGGACCAGCUCUUUAAAGAAUCAGGAAACUGAGUCUACCCAAGUGAACCUCCGCUGAGCCAGCCUCUCCAACACAGAUCAGGGCCUUGGAUGAGAGACUCGGUACUGGGUGUAUGGCCAGUCAUGUAUCAAGGUUGCAACUUUGGAAUGUAGCUACUUUCAUUUUGUAUAUUGUUUCUCCCGCUUAUUGUCCCACUGUUUUUAGUAAAGUUUUUUUUUUUUUGAAAGACCUUUCUCUCAGCUAUGCCUUAUGAAAGAAGGGAUUUUUGUGCCCUGACGACUGGCCUGCGGGCCUCAGGAACACAGGGAAGGCCGCAGCUCCCUCUAGCUUCUGAGCUCUCACACGGGAAGGCAGCCUCUUUUUGUCCUAAUAAGGGAAGUUUUUCAAGAAGCCCCAGUUGUUCGGAGGCACCUAGUAUGGGUGUGUGUGUCACCAGCCGGAGUGGAAAAAGCACACGGGAGCAUCCAGUCACAAGAACAGACUUUGUUUUACUAAACUUUCAGCUGCCGUCCCUCCUUUCCAGCAGGGGUGGGGGCUGGGGCCCUUUGCCCUCGCCCUGCUGUAUCUUCUCCUGAGUCCCUGCUCCACUUCCCAGGGAGGAGCCUGGUUCCUUGUCUCUGUGCUCCAGUUCAGGGGCUCCUCCCAGGACUGACUGUUGGCAGCCUCCUCGUCCUCUAUACAUAAGGCCUCGGGAAAGGGGCUGCUGCAUUCUGUGAGGGGAGAUAUCAAGUAUGUUCCAAUUUCAGAGACGCUGUCUACCUCCACCAGAGUCUCUCCUCCCAAUCCUUUACCUGGUUCUAGAACCUCUACACCCUUGUCUGGCUUGUUCUCUUGCAGCAGCUGGUGGAUGGUCUGUAGCUUCAUGUUGAGAAGCUCCUGCUGGGCUCCAGCCAGGGUAGUCACACUGCAGAAAUGUCCACUGAUUGGCUGCCCAAUCUGUGUCCCCACCUCUCCCACCUAGCACAAGCUCCCUUGGCCACGGGGUCACUGCUCCCCUUACCGUUCAAACAGGGGGUCCAGCUGGGCCAUCAGAUUGUUUAGGUGUUGCUCUGUCUGGGCCAGUUGUUGUGUCAAUUGAGCCAGCUGUUGCUCUAGGGAUCGGAGAAAAGGAGAGCAAUGGUACUUGCCUUCUGCUCCCCCCUGACCCCCACCAUGUAUACGCUUCUGCAAAACCCACCGGACUGUAAUGAUUCCUUUUUGUUCGCCUCCUCUUGGAGAACAGUAGCCUCAUCCUUCCCCUGCUGUGGAAGAAGAGAGGGACGGUGCUGCAGCAGCAAGGUGCUCCAUCAUCGCUGUCUCCAAAGCCAGCGAGGGGAGGUGGAUAACCGGAGGCAGGAAAAGCUAUGGGUUUCUGCCUCAGAGAAUCCCAGUCACAUCUAGUCAACUCCUCACCCAGGACAUGAAGCAACAGGUCACCUCGUCCCCACUCAACACCUCCAAGAAUGAGCAACUGCCCGGUUUGAUAAAACUCUGGUUAAUUUAUAUAAAAAGUGAAAAACUGGGCCUCCCUGGUGGCUCAGAGGUUAAGUCUCAGCACUCUCACCACAAUGGCCUGAGUUCCUUCCAUCCCCAGCCAGGGAGCUAACCCACACAUGGCACAGCAGACCUCUCCUGUCUCGCCUGCUGCUCCUCUCAGCAGUGUAUUUCAGUGGAUCUGCCUGUUCUGCCCCCCAUUCUGUGUCUGGUGAAUCCUCUCACCCCUCCCUCCCCCACCUCUGGCCUGUACCCCAGUUCUUGGAUGCAAAAUUAAAUCUUAAAAAAAAAAGCGAAAAGCUGUCCUUCAUGUAUCUCCCAUAGUGCUGACUAGAGCCUUCCAACAUCAUGUUUUCUUUAAAAAAAGAUUUAGUUAUUUUU